CUCCCGGCCCAGCUCACCGCGGACCGCUAACCUACUGUGGUAGCCUGGCGAGCCGCGGCGUUGGGGGCGACUGCAGACCCCACCAGGGGCUAAGAUGGAUCUUGUACUCAAUGUUGCAGAUUAUUAUUUUUUUACACCGUACAUAUAUCCAGCCACGUGGCCAGAGGAUGAUAUCUUCCGACAAACUAUUAGUCUCCUGAUUGUAACAAAUAUUGGUGCUUAUAUCCUUUAUUUCUUCUGUGCGACACUGAGCUAUUAUUUUGUCUAUGAUCAUGCAUUAAUGAAACAUCCACAAUUUUUAAACAAUCAAGUCUCUCGAGAGAUUAAGUUUACUGUCCAGGCAUUGCCAUGGAUGAGUAUUCCUACUGUUGCGUUGUUCCUGCUAGAGUUGAGAGGUUACAGCAAAUUGUAUGACGACAUAGGAGAGUUUCCGAGUGGCUGGUUUCAACUCAUUGUUAGUGUAAUAUCAUUCCUCUUUUUCACUGACAUGCUGAUCUACUGGAUUCAUAGAGGCCUUCAUCAUAGACUUGUAUAUAAGCACAUACAUAAACCUCAUCAUAUUUGGAAGAUUCCUACUCCAUUUGCAAGUCAUGCUUUUCACCCUGUGGAUGGCUUCCUUCAGAGUCUACCUUACCACAUAUACCCUUUUAUUUUUCCAUUACAUAAGGUGGUUUAUUUAGGUUUGUACAUCUUGGUUAAUAUCUGGACGAUUUCCAUUCAUGAUGGUGAUUUUCGAGUCCCUGAAAUCUUAAAGCCAUUUAUUAAUGGCUCGGCUCAUCAUACAGACCACCACGUGUUCUUUGACUACAACUAUGGACAGUAUUUCACAUUGUGGGAUAGAAUUGGAGGCUCAUUCAAAAAUCCCUCCUCCUUUGAAGGGAAGGGACCACUUAGUUAUGUGAAGAAGAUGACAGAAGAAAAGUAUAAUAGCCGUGCAGAAAAUGGUUGUAAAAAUGAAAAAUUAUUCAAUGGAGAGCUUACAAAGACUGAGUAGAUUAUUGCCCAAUUAUUCUUAAAUAUUUUUAAUAAGAAAAAAUACUCUGUGUACAGCCAAGAUACAUAGCAUUGGUAUCAUUUGAAAAUCAGCAUUGUGAGUUCUGCUGAGGAAUGAUCAUAAUGGUAAUCAAGAGAAGAUGAGUUGAACACCAAGAUUUUAAUCUCAUGCUUAAAAGACCAGAUGUUGAUCCAAGGGACAACUUGUGUCUUUCUAGCCAGCAGUUUGUAUAGCCUGAACAACAAUUUUAAAUAAAAUAGAGAAUAAGUGAUUAAGGGGACCAGGCUAUAUCCUUUUGCCUUAAUCCAUCCAUACUCGUUAAGGAAUAUUCAUAGUGCUUAAUAAUACCAAGACUAAGAACCAUAACCAAGAAAUGCUAAUAUAAAGAUUGGUCCUUGUUUCAGGAAUGGUUAAUUCUUAAGUAUUGGCCUGACAGUGACUACUGAUACUACUUUAUUCAAGUGGAAACAUCAGUGUGAAAAAAAUUUGGAUAAAUUAUCCAUGUAAAUGACCUAAUUGAUAGCAGAUGUAAUAAGACUAUCAUCUUCCUACACAUAGGAGGCUCAUUCUCUGGGGACAUUGUCAAAUACUACAUUUUACUGAUGAAUAAAUAAAUUGGAAUUUUAAAAAUAUUGAUACUACCAUGAUUUAAUCCAGAUCUGGGAUUAUGUGACUAAAGGUUUUGAUAGUUAUUGUUUAAAACCAUUAUUUAAUAAGUAUAAAAAUAUGUG